CAGGUAGGGACUCUAAUCCAAAUCCACGAGAGGAGUGAAAAGAAGAGCUUUCAUACAGGUGGGGGUCACUGACCCGGCAGUCAAAAUUCUGUCAGGCUCCAAUGUUAUUUUUACUUUACAUACUUGAACUAAGCAUGACAGAGACAUCUUGUGACCAAACAGAGGCUCCUUUUCAACAAUCUGUCAUCUGUAGCUUAAAUGUCAGAAGAAAGAAGAAUGAGGGUUGGAGUUGUGGGAUAUGGACAUAUAGGAAAGUAUUUGGUAGACAAAAUAUUAAGAGAAGGUGCAAAUCAUUCCAUGGAACUUGCAUUUGUCUGGAACAGGAGGAAGGAAAACCUAGAAGGGAAGGUGGAGCCCCAUCUGCAACUUCAUGAUCUCUCGGACUUUCAUCAAUGGAAAGCGGAUCUGAUUGUGGAGGUGGCCCACCCCUGCGUAACGCUGGAAUAUGGGGACAAAUUUCUUUCUACAGCACAUUUUCUGGUUGGAUCUCCCACUGCACUCGCAGAUGAAGCCACUGAAGUGAAGCUGAGAGAAUGCGCCAGGCUCUCGGGGUACACUCUGUAUGUCCCUUGCGGUGCAUUGUGGGGGGCAGAAGACAUCUUUAAAAUGGCACAAAGAGGUAGUCUGAAAGGUCUUAAAAUUACUAUGACAAAGCACCCAAAGAGUUUCCGUCUAGAAGAGCCUUUAGCUGAGAGGAACCGAGAAGCGAUGAGUAAACGGACAGUUCUGUACGAGGGUCCGGUGCGCACACUGUGCUCCUUGGCUCCCAAUAAUGUCAAUACAAUGGCCGCCGCUUGCAUGGCUGCUCAUACACUCGGGUUCGAUGGUGUGAUUGGAGUUCUGGUGUCUGAUCCAAGCAUUCCAGAUUGGCAUUUUGUGGACAUCGAGGUCACCGGAUCAACCAUAGAGAAAACAGGCCAAGUGUUCAGUGUUAAAACAAAGAGACAAAAUCCUGCCAUGCCAUCUUCUGUCACGGGCAGUGCCACCUUCACCUCAUUCUGGAGCAGCCUUCUAGUUUGCAAAGGUCACGGUGGAAGAGUUUACAUCUGUUAACAUUGAUUUACCAUUUGUACAAUAUACAAUGCAGCAUGUUUAAUAUCAUUAAAUGUCAAUAUUUCUGAUCAAGUA